CUCGGCUCUCAGAGGGACGCGCGGCGGCCAUGCAGGCCCCGGGGGACGGCAGCGCGGCAGGCGCAGGGGGCCGAGGUGGCCAGCAAAGCUCCGGGACUCCUGGUUGCCAGAGAAGAUCAGGUAGCCCUGAAGGCGAGGGUGGUCCCCGGCGCCCGGAAGCCCGGCGUGGGCCUGGCCGAGGAGGAGCAGCGAUGAGAGGCCCUGCUGCAGGCCGUCAGGGUGGGCGGGCGUCACGUGCCCUAAGACGUGGUGGAGGUGCAGCGCUCGUGGCUGACAGGCCUGGAAGAAGACAGCUGGUGCUCAACCUCACAGUGCCUUUCCGAUCCCUCCUGGAGGCACACACGGCCCACAGAGCUCUGAUCGCAGGUGCCCAGCGUGACCCAGGCGUGAUUCGGGAGGAAUAUACAGUGGAUGGCAGUGCCCUAACUAUUAGAUGGACUGCUGAAGACCUUGAUCUCUUCCGAAUUUCCAUCGACUCCAUCUUCGAUCAGCUUUCCCGGGUGAUUGGGAAUAUUCAGCACCUUUGGCUCCCGCCUCCCUAAAGGCUACGCGAAGGAAAGGGGGCUGAGGGCUAACCUUGUGUCCCCUACUAGGCAAGGCUUAGGGAAUUCAAACUUGAGUAAUCACCACUUUGUUAUUUGGGUUUAAUGUUUUGCCAGUACUGGCCCUUGGUAUCUCUUGGUUCACUUGUUUGGUUUCCCUGCGGCUCGAGGAGUGGGAUGCUUCAAUGUGUAUUACUGCAGAAAAUAAAACUAGGCUACUGUUUU